AUGGCCACGGCAGGGUCCCACCAGCUCCAGUUCGGGGACAGCACCACGUUCUCGUCGUACCGUCCCGUGCACGCCGGCGGGGCGCUCCCGCCGCCCCCGAGCACCGCGGCCGCGCUGCUCCCCGCGAAUCCCUCGGGCCCCGGCCCGGAGUGCGGCGCCCCGGCCGCCUUCACCGGUUUUCUUGGGAGAGGCCCCGGUCCCGCUGCGCCGCCCUGCGCCGCCCUGGGCCCACCCGUGGCCCCCAAAGGGACGGCCACCCCGUCGGCGUCGCAGCGCCGCAAGCGCACGUCCUUCAGCCCCGAGCAGCUGCAGCUACUGGAGCUCGUCUUCCGCCGGACCAUGUACCCCGACAUCCACCUGCGCGAGCACCUGGCAGCACUCACUCUGCUCCCCGAGUCCAGGAUCCAGGUGUGGUUCCAGAACAGGCGUGCCAAGUCACGGCGUCAGAGCGGGAAAUCCUUUCAACCUUCAGCCAGGCCGGAGCCCUUCCUCCACCACCCUGCUCAUGGACCCGAAGCGAAAUGUCUGAAGCCCCAGCUGCCUCUUGAGGUAGAUGUGAACAGCCUGCCUGACCCCAACAGGGUUGGCAGGGGCAGCUCUGACCCUAGCUCCCAAAGUCAAAAUUUUGAAACCUAUUCUCUUACUGAAGACAUUGGUUCAAAGCUGGACUCAUGGGAGGAACACAUCUUUUCCACCUUUGGUAACUCUUGA